GUUUCUUUCUCCAGAGUAACUAGGGCAAACAGGCGGAGGCGCUCACUGCAGUCGAAAUCCAAGGUGAACGCUGGCAGAUCGAAUCCACCAGCCGCCGUAGGAAUCAAAACCAUUUCCCCAGGUGACAAAUCUUACUGCAAGGUUCCUGAAAAAUGUCGACGUUUGCUAAGCCUGAAAAUGCCUUGAAGCGUGCUGAAGAGCUAAUAACUGUUGGUCAAAAGCAAGAAGCCCUUCAAGCACUUCAUGACCUAAUCACCUCCAGGAGGUAUAGAGCAUGGCAGAAGACACUCGAGAGAAUAAUGUUCAAAUAUGUGGAGCUAUGUGUGGACAUGCGGAGAGGAAGGUUUGCGAAGGAUGGUUUGAUCCAGUACCGUAUUGUCUGCCAGCAAGUCAACAUUAAUUCGUUGGAAGAAGUAAUAAAGCAUUUUAUGCAUUUGGCUACUGAAAGAGCUGAACUUGCCCGGACUCAGGCGCAAGCUUUAGAAGAAGCUCUGGAUGUUGAAGACUUGGAAGCUGAUAAAAGGCCUGAAGAUCUUAUGUUGAGUUAUGUUAGUGGUGAGAAAGGAAAAGACAGAUCUGAUCGUGAGCUUGUGACUCCAUGGUUUAAGUUUUUGUGGGAGACUUACAGAACGGUGUUGGAAAUCUUAAGGAACAACUCAAAGCUGGAGGGACUAUAUGCGGUAUUGUUCUGUUCUCUUUUAUUUUUGAAUGAAGGAAUUAGAAUUUACCAUGAUUUAGCUGCAUUUCAUCAAUUAAUGCACUUAUUAAAGAUCUGUAAAGACAUUUUAUAAUUUUAUUGCAUCCUGUAAAUACUGUUUCACUGGUCCCAUGAGACCUUUGUAAUCGGUGUACAGUGGAAUUUUCCUGAUGUCAUUUCUGGUUUCAUUGUUUUAUGACACAGCCAUUUCAUGCGCAUCUAUUCCUGUAUCAAUUUUACCACCGAAAAAGGAUUUUUGUGGUGUAAACAAGAACUUGCAUUGUCUCUGUACUGGAUUUUGUGAAUUAGAAGGAAAAUUUGAAGCUUUGACUUCAAGCAUCAAUUGGUUUGUUGCAAGGGAAGGAAAACAGUUAUUAAAUCUCAUCUUUUUCCUCCCUUGUUUCCUCGGUGUAUUUUGUUUUUUAGGAUGGGAAAAUGGCAUUUUUACACGUUCUUGACAGCAUCCUUAUUUCCUCACAUUGUGAUUAUCCAAUGUCAUUGUUGUGGUCAUGAUUUACUCAAUAUGGUUAUAUGCUAAAUUCCAAAGUUCCGAUUUUUAUGUGUUUUAUGUGGAAAGACACGUUCUGACUUGUGCACAAGGAUGAGGAAUCCCUGCAGGGUGCAAUUGUGUUAUUGUUCUGUGGAUCUGUUCUUUUUUUUAUAUCAUAAUUUACCUGUCACUUCUUGGUAUGCUUUAUGCUCGAUAUGCAAGAAUGUUCCUCACAUCCCCCCACUGAAUAUCUGUAGAUGACUGCUCACCGCGCCUUUCAAUUUUGUAAACAAUACAAAAGAACCACUGAGUUUAGAAGAUUGUGUGAAAUAAUCCGGAACCAUCUGGCAAAUCUCAACAAGUACAGAGAUCAAAGGGACCGGCCUGAUCUGUCUGCCCCAGAAAGCCUGCAGCUAUAUCUUGAUACCCGAUUUGAACAAUUGAAAGUUGCUACGGAGCUAGAACUUUGGCAGGAAGCCUUUCGUUCUAUUGAAGAUAUUCAUGGAUUGAUGUUUAUGGUGAAGAAAACUCCAAAAGCAUCAUUGAUGGUGGUUUAUUAUGCUAAGCUAACGGAAAUAUUUUGGAUAUCAUCCAGUCACCUUUAUCAUGCUUCUGCAUGGCUCAAGCUUUUUACCCUUCAGAAAAGUUUUAAUAAGAACUUGAGCCAGAAGGAUUUGCAGUUAAUUGCAUCAUCUGUUGUAUUAGCCGCACUUUCAGUUCCUCCUUAUGAUCAUUCACAUGGUGUAUCUCAUUUGGAGCUUGAGCAUGAGAAAGAAAGGAAUCUAAAAAUUGCCAGUCUUAUUGGAUUUGAUGUAGAACCCAGAUCUGAAGGCAAAGAAGUGCUCUCUCGCGCUGGUCUCCUCGCUGAACUGGUAUCAAAAGGAGUGAUGUCAUGUGUCACGCAGGAAGUAAAAGAUCUUUACCAUCUUCUAGAACACGAAUUCAUUCCUUUGGAUGUGGCAACAAAAGUACAGCCACUGUUGGCUAAAAUCUCAAAGCUUGGGGGCAAACUUUCUUCAGCAUCUUCUGUUCCAGAAAUCCAGUUGUCCCAAUAUGUUCCAGCGCUUGAAAAGCUUGCCACUUUGAGGUUGCUGCAACAGGUAUCACAAGUUUAUCAGACGAUGAAGGUUGAUAACUUAUCCAAGAUGAUAUCUUUCUUUGACUUUGCUGUUGUUGAGAAAAUAUCAGUUGAUGCUGUCAAACACAAUUUCAUUGCCAUGAAAGUUGAUCACAUGAAGGGUGCUGUUUUCUUCGGUCAACAAAAAUUAGAAUCUGAUGGCCUACGGGAUCACUUGGCCCUAUUUGCUGAAUCUUUAAGCAAUGCCAGAAUCAUGAUCUAUCCUCCUGCGAAGAAAGCUCAAAAGUUAGGGCAAUUGCUUCCUAAUUUGUCAGAGGUUGUUGAAAAAGAACACAGAAGACUUCUUGCUCGUAAGUCUAUAAUUGAGCAGCGCAAAGAAGAACAAGAACGUCAACUCUUGGAGAUGGAGAAGGAGGAAGAAAUAAAGAGGUUGAAACAGCAAAAGAUUACUGAAGAGGCAGAACAAAGGAGGCUCGCUAAUGAGUAUGAGCAAAGGAAGAAUCAGAGGAUCCUCAAGGAAAUAGAAGAGAGGGAGGCUGAAGAGGCAAAAGCUAUCCUCCAGCAACAAACUUCAAAGCUCGGCAAGAAGAAAGGAAAGAAACCAGUGCUAGAAGGAGAUAUCACGAAGCGGUCAGUGAUGGAUUUCGCCUUGAGUGAACAACUCAGGGAGAAACAAGAGAUGGAGAAAAAAUUACAGAGGCUCGCGAAAAAUAUGGAUCAUCUGGAGAGAGCUAGAAGGGAAGAGUCAGCACCCCUUGUUGAGGCUGCCUUUCAACAACGACUAGUUGAAGAAGCUGCCAUUCAUGAACGCGAGCAACAGCAAGAGAUUGAGCUGAGCAGGCAACGUCAUGCAGGAGAUCUUGAGGAGAAGAAGAGACUUGGACGCAUGUUGGACAACAAGAGAAUAUUCCAGGAAAGAGUUGUUGGACACAGGGAAGCUGAAUUCAACCGGCUGAGAAAUGAGAGACAGGAGAGAAUUAAUCAAAUUAUUCAAACACGAAAACAGGAGAGGGAAAUCCAGAGAAAGAUGAUAUAUCAUCUGAGAACCGAGGAGGAGAGACAAAGGAGAUUGCGUGAAGAGGAGGAAGCCAGGAAGCUUGAAGAAGCUGAGAGGAGAAGGAAGGAGGAAGCUGAGCGCAAGGCCAAGUUGGAUGAGAUAGCUGAAAAGCAGAGGCAGAGAGAGCGGGAGCUGGAAGAAAAGGAGAAGAAGUGGAAGGAAGAGGUUUUGGGUAAAUCCCCUGUGGCUCAGAAGUCUUCAGAACCAUCUCCUGUUGUACAGCCAGAGCCGGUGGCCACUCCUGCUGUAGCACCAGCCCCAACGAAGUAUGUGCCUAAAUUUAAGCGACAGCAAGGAGACGGAGCUGCUGCAACGGGCCCAGCACCAGAAAGUGAGAGGUGGGGCUUUGGCAAUAGGCCAGAUGAUCGACCCAGUGACCGGUGGCGUGAUGACCGUAGAGCACCCCAUGGUGGCAGUGAUGACCGUAGACCACCAUAUGGUGGCACUGGUGGCAGUGAUGAGCGCAGAGCGCCUUAUGGUGGCAGUGAUGAGCGCCGACCCUUUGGUGGCAGUGAUGACCGCAGAGCACCUUAUGGCGGCAGUGAUGAGCGCCGACCCUUUGGUAGCAGUGGGGGUGCUGGAAGGUGGUCAUCUUCUCGGGUCAAUCGUGAACGUGAACGCGAACGUCAAUCGUGAAUGCUGCCAUACAUCGGCAUCUAUGGAAUUUUUGUGGCCUUAAUCGAUGUGUUUUUUUUUCUUUUUUGACGAGGCAGUUUCGCUUUGUAUUUUGAGUUAUAUUCAUUUUGGGUCGAAACGCCGGACCUCCUAGUGACAAAAAUUUUAGGAGUACCUCAUGGUGGUAUUCAGAUCUGGAAGGAUUUUGACUGUUUUUGUCUUUUUCUUUUUUUCCUUUGAAAAACCCAAUGACAUUCGUAAUGUUGCAGAAUUGUUAGUUUCUGGGCUGUGAUUCGAUUGAAUUCUUUUGAGCCUUCAACGGAAAUCCCUGGUCUUAAAAAAGCUCCAGCGGCUUCAAUAUCUAGUGGUUGUUACUGCGUCCAUCUCGUUAACAAGGUUAACCAAAAGAUCAAAGCUUUUGAGUAGGAUUAUUUUGU